UCGUCUUCCCUACAAGAUAGCGGAGCGCUAAGACUUUUGGGUACGGACGUUCAUCUGAUAAAGUAGCAUUGUGUACGGUUUGAACACUUAGAACGCCAAGUAGAUCAAUUUACAUUGUAAAAAUGCUGUCAUUUCUUAAACAUUUAAAGUUAUGACUGGCAUUGUCGAAUCGUGCCCAACAAGCCUGACAGAAGUCAUUGCGUCAUCAGCAAGACUAAGCUGUGGUGAAGACGAGUAUGGAAAUAAUCAGUAUCUGUGCAUUCCUAACACCGAGAAGACUGGACUUGUGGAAUUCUGUCAUAAAGGAGGCAUUCCGUUGACAACAAAAGGUUUUUGUUUGAAGACAAAAUGGCGCCAGUUGUACUAUAGCAAAUGUCAACACUUUAUCAAUGGUUGUCCGAGUAAGCCGUACCAUGCCAAUGAGAUAUAUAAAUAUCCUGCCUGUCUGAAUAUCAACACAGAGAGUCAGUGUUUUCUUGCUGAUCCGACAUGUCCCAAUAUGACAUCAAGAUUCACUACCAACGACAUGAUGGAAACACCCUCCACCUACUUUGACUUCUCUGACACAACUGUCAAUCCUCUCUACAACACAACGGACUCCUUAGAUGACGUAUCCACUGAUAUAGAGGCAGUUGUGGGAGGCGUGUUAGGAGGAGUGUUUCUUAUUACAGUCCUGCUGAUUCUAGUGUUCGUCGUCUUGAGAAGGAGGAAGAAACGGAAAUGUACAAAUAGGAAAGGAGGAGAUGAAGAAAAUCCACUUCUUGCAUUAAGCAACGAAAUGAAAAAUAGAAAUAAAGAAAAGAAGAACCCUCCUGCAGAGUCACAUGAAACUGUCGAUAAAGAAGACAAUGUCCCCGAUGAAGUAAAGAAUCAAAUCAAGAAACGAGGGAUCGAUUUCCUAUCGAGUUUAUCUUCAGAACAUGAGAAGUAUUGCAAUGGAAUAGCACAGAUCUUGACUGUCCCAGUAGAAGUUCUAGGAAUGCCAAAAGAAGACAUUGAAACCUUUAUCAGAAACUACAAAAAAGGGAGUACAAAAGUAUACUGCGGCCGUGGCAUGGUGGUGGGUUGUUUCGAGGCAGGAAAGACAACUCUUGUAAAGAAACUGAAGGGAGAAGAUGUAUCUCAUCCACCAGAAUCAACGAGAGGUUUAGACGUUCAUACAGACAUAUUUACUGUGGAUCAAGACGAAACGGUUUUGGCGGUGAACAAGGAUCAGAGAGGUGGACAGCGCUUACACAUAAAUAUGGAAACAUUGGAGAGUGGAGUAAUUAAGUCUUCAUCGAAUGCUCAGCGUUCAUAUCCAAAAGCUGAUGAUGAUGUACGAAGUGCAACUAUCCCACCACCAAUAUAUUAUACACAACCUCCAGCUCAAAGACACGAAAACAAAUAUGAUUUAUCAUUUGAAAAUAAUAAACCUGGUACCUCCACUCAAAAGGCAAAUGAUAUUUCUAAUAAAGUUGAACACAAAUCUGACACAAAUAGAAAAUAUCCUGUUAAACAUCUCGCAAUAGGUCAGAUUACAAACAAUGUUGCGAACAAAACGGAUGAAAACAAAGAUUAUCUUGGAUAUGAGAUAGGAAUUAUCCUUCCUAAUGUCAUUGAUAAAUCAAUAAAGACGAUAAGUUUGUUGGACUUUGCUGGUCAAGAUACUUAUUACGCCUGCCAUCACAUCUUCCUAAGUCCAAGGAGUUUUUAUAUCCUAGUCACGGAUAUGUCUAAGAAAUUGACUGAAAAACCAACCAACGCUCUUCAGAGAAAGGAUCUCAUGUACAGCGACUGGACUCACCAAGCAAAUUACAUUAACCACUGGCUGGGUUCAAUCCACACAUAUUGUUCGGAAACAGCUCCGGUCAUUUUGGUUCAAUCACACUCAGAAACAAAAGGAGAGAUAGAAAAAGACUACUUUAGUAAAGUACUUGAAGGUGUAACAAGUACAUUGCACGUUCAUUUAAGCUCUGACAAAGUGUUUGCAGUAGAAAAAGACUCUGACAAAAAUAUUAAAGAAAUCAGAUCAAACAUGUUAAGGGUUGUCAAGGAUCAAAGUCACUGGGGAGAGUCCAUUCCUACAUCGUGGGUUCAUCUGGACGCGUAUUUAAUGGAAAUUAAGAAACACCAAAUGGUUUUGCAAAAGAAAGACCUUUGGGAGACAUUGACAUCUCAACCGAACUUGCAGUUUUUAAGCGAAGAGGAUAUGACGACUGCACUGAGAUUCUUUAAUGAUAUUGGUGUUAUUCUCUUUACCACUUCCUCAGAGUCCAUUAUUCUUGAUGUACAGUGGUUUGUGGAUGCGUUCAAGCACAUCAUCACAGAUGAAAACCAUGCAAAGCAUGACAUAGCAAAACAUUUCACUGAUUGGAAAAAGUUCAAUACGAAUGGAAUUUUGCAACGGAAUCUUGCGAAAGAGAUCUGGAAAAGGUCAGAGUCGUUCACUAAAUACACAGAUGAUUUAGUGUUUUAUAUGAUCAAACUUGGAAUGAUUGCCGAAAUGGAAAAGGAAGAAAUAUACUAUGUCCCUUGCAUGAACAAACAAAAAUAUGACAGGAAUGUCUUGCACAACUGUACUUGUUCUUCCACUGUCUGCUUCAUGUUUGAGUAUCUACCAUUGGUGAUUUUCCAUCGUUUUGUUGCCACAUGCAUGACAAGAGAAGGCUGGAAAAUUUGGAAUGGGAACAACCAAAUGAGGACUGGUCAAACCAGUGAAUGCGUGUUUCACACUGCCGCCAUACUUGAAGAUAAAGACGAUAUCAAGGUCCUGAUAGGGAUAACUGAAAAGAAGCAAUAUUUGCACGAUACGUUAAAUACACAUCCCUAUUCUAUAGAAAUACAGUACAUUGUUUUCAAAGAUCAAAAGAUGCAAACACAGUUCGCAAGAAACAAACUAGAAACAAUUAAAACUCAUCUUAAAGAUUUAACUUCAUGUUUUGGAGCAAAUCGUGACAAGACUUACAAAAUGGGAUAUAGGUGUUCAAUUGCCCCAUUUUCUGACACUCCUGUGUCCCACAUCAUUUUACAGUCUGCAAAAGAAUGCACACCAUGUAGGAAACGUGUAGAUAUCAACUACCUGCGAUCAUUUUGGGUGGUUGACAAUACAUCUGAUGAUGAUACAUUCGACAUUAAAGAAAAGAAACACGAGAGAAAUAAUAUGGAUCAAGAAGAUAUAGCUCGACGGAUUGUAGAAUACGUUGACAAUCCUAGCAGAAAUAGAGGAGAAACCACAUCUCUACAAACACAACUCGAUAACGAACAGGACCACUACACUGGCGAUGGCGUGCCUAAUGCAUUACAUGCAGCCUGCAAGAAUGCGAACCUCAAAAUGUGUGAACAUCUCAUCCAAACACACCCUGACCUUCUCCACAGUGUAGAUAAUGAUGGAGGGAAUGCUGCUCUACACGCUGCUCAAGGUGGAAACGUGAACAUUCUACAACUACUCGCAGAUAAUGAAGUAGACGUCAAACAUAAAAACAAUUAUGGCUGGAACAUUCUAAACGUGGCCUGUGUACAUUCUAACUUAGAAAUGAGUCGUUAUAUCAUCCAAACAUACGCUGACCUUCUCCACAGUGUAGAUUAUUAUGGAUGGAAUGCUGCUCUACACGCCGCUCGUGGAGGAAAUGUUGAAAUUCUACGACUACUGGAAGAUAAUGAAGUAGACGUGAAACAUAAAAGUAAUGGCGACCGAAAUAUUCUUAACGUGGCCUGUGUACACUCUAACUUAAAAAUGAGUCGUUAUAUCAUCCAAACAUACACAGACCUUCUACACAAUGUAGAUAAUGAUGGAUGGAAUGCUGCUCUACACGCCGCUCGUGGAGGAAAUGUUGAAAUUCUACAACUACUGGCAGAUAAUGGAGUAGACGUGAAACAUAAAAGCAGUGGCGAUCGGGAUAUUCUUAACGUGGCCUGUGUACACUCUAACUUAGAAAUGAGUCGUUAUAUCCUCCAAACAUACCCAGACCUUCUACACAGUGUAGAUAAUGAUGGAUGGAAUGCUGCUCUACACGCUGCGCAAGGAGGAAACGUUAAAAUUCUACAACUACUGGCAGAUAAUGAAGUAGACGUCAAACAUAAAACCAAUGACGACCGGAAUAUUCUUCACGUGGCAUGUGCACACUCUAAUUUAGAAAUUAGUCGUUAUAUCAUCCAAACAUACCCUGACCUUCUACACAGUGUCAGGAAUACUGGGUGGAAUGCUGCUCUACACACUGCGCAAGGAGGAAACGUUAAAAUUCUAAAAGUACUGGCAGAAAAUGGAGUAGACGUCAAGCAUCAAAACAAUUACAACUGCAACAUUCUUCACGUGGCGUGUGUACACUCUAACUUUGAAAUGAGUCGUUAUAUCAUCCAAACAUACCCUGACCUUCUACACAGUGUAGAUAAAGAUGGAUGGAAUGCUGCAUUAUUCGCUGCACGAGGAGGAAACGUUAAGAUCCUACAACUACUGGCAGACAAGACUGUAGACGUGAAACAUAAAGAAAAUGAUGGUUGGAACAUUCUCAACGUGGCAUGUGGACACUCUAAUCUAGAAAUGAGUCAUUAUAUCAUCCAAACAUACCCAGACCUUAUCCACAGUAUCAGCAAUACUGGAUGGAAUGCUGCUCUACACGCUGCGCAAGGGGGAAACGUUAAAAUUCUAAAACUUCUCGCAGAUAAUGGAGUAGACGUGAAACAUAAAGAUAAUCACGGCUUGAACAUUCUUCACGUGGCGUGUGUACACUCUAACUUAGCAAUGAGUCAUCAUAUCAUCAAAGAUACCCUGAUCUUCUAAACAGUGUGAAUGAUUAUGGAGAGGAUGCUGCAAUACUCGCUGCUCGAGAAGGAAAUAUCAAAAUCAUACAACUACUAGCCAAUCAUGGAGUGAAUGCAUAAUCAGAAAAAUAUUACCGGUUUUUAAAGCGCUAACCGUAGCUGCGCUGUAUUGUCACCAGUUGGAUUUUGGUUUCGUCAUCAUGUUUCCGGUUUAUCUCCACCGAUAGGCAAAUUUAUGCAUCGCUUUAAUAAACAAGUCG